AUGCACGGGGUCGUAAUCCCCCAAACGCCUAUCGCUGUGGACUUUUGGAGCCUGCGCCGCGCUGGCACCGCGCGGCUCUUCUUCUUAUCCCACAUGCACUCCGACCACACGGUGGGCCUGUCUAGCACUUGGGCACGGCCCCUCUACUGCUCCCCAAUCACUGCCCACCUCCUGCACCGUCACCUACAGGUGUCUAAGCAGUGGAUCCGAGCUCUGGAGAUUGGUGAGAGCCAUGUAUUGCCUCUAGACGAAAUUGGGCAAGAAACCAUGACUGUAACCCUUAUAGAUGCCAAUCACUGCCCCGGUUCUGUCAUGUUUCUCUUUGAAGGAUACUUUGGAACAAUUCUCUACACAGGUGAUUUUCGAUUUACACCAUCCAUGCUGAAGGAGCCUGCCCUGAUCCUGGGGAAACAGAUUCAUACUUUAUAUCUGGACAACACCAAUUGCAAUCCAGCCCUGGUUCUUCCUUCCCGACAAGAAGCUACUCGGCAGAUUGUCCAGCUCAUUCGACAGUUCCCACAGCAUCACAUAAAGAUUGGACUCUACAGCCUAGGAAAGGAAGUGCUGCUAGAGCAACUAGCCCUUGAGUUUCGGACCUGGGUGGUGUUGAGUCCUCGACGCCUGGAGGUGGUGCAGCUGCUGGGCCUCGCAGAUGUGUUCACAGUCCAGGAAAAAGAUGGGCGCAUCCACGCUGUAGACCGUAUGGAGGUCUGCCAUUCUGCCAUGCUUCGGUGGAACCGGACUCACCCUACCAUUGCUAUCCUCCCCACCAGCCGGAAGAUACGAAGCCCUCACCCCGACAUCCACACCAUCCCUUACUCUGACCAUUCAUCUUACUCUGAGCUUCGGGCUUUUGUUGCAGCUCUGAGGCCCUGCCGGGUGGUGCCCAUUGUUCGCCAGCAUCCUUGUGGAGAGUUCUUUCAGGACAGCCUGAGUCCCCGGCUCUCUGUCCCCCUGAUCCCACACUCUGUGCAGCAAUCCAUGUGCUCCUCCUCUAGGGAAACAAGCGUGCUUUGGCAGUUGGAACGGAGACUAAAGAGGCCCAGAAUCCGGGGGGUUGUAUUUGAAUCCCCUGAGGAAAAAGCUGAGCAGGCUAAAGUUGACAGAGACUCAAAGAAGCACAAGAAAGAAAACCUCUCUCCCUGGCCUGGGGAUCUUGAGAAGCUCUGCCCCCAUCCUCUGCAGGCCAGGAAGCAGUUGUUCCCGGACUUCUGCAGGAAAGAACGCAAUGAGCCGGUCUUUUUUCGUGACUCUGAGAAGAUAGCGACUGCGUUGCCUGCCCCCUUGGAAUUUUCAGUGCAAUUACAGCCUGUAGAUGAGUUUCUCUCUCCAGAAACCAGGGAGGAAAUCGACUUAGGGUCUCCCGUGAUACCUAAGGGAGGCAAUGGCUCACCGGCUAGAGGGAACCAAAGUGACUGGGUAGGCUCUGGCUCUCCCCUGUCUCACAUUAGCAAAGACACUCAUCUGGCCACUGAGUCCAGGGAGCUGGCACUAAAAUACCUUCUUACUCCAGUGAGUUUCUUCCAAACAGGGUUCUCAUCCAGGAACUUUGACCAGCAAGUGGAAAAAUACCAGAAGAGUACAGUAUAACAAUCCCGUUGGAUCAGCACUGCAGUUUUGAAAACAGUGGAUGGUGGCUAGUGGCAAAAGUUUGUUUGGUGCCUUCUGUUACAGAGUCCUGUGGCUCACCCCGGAGUAGCUCUUCUGAAGCUUGUUUAUGGAGUUCCGGUGCCUAUGAAACCCUUAGCUUUAUAGAUGACUAUUUUAUUAUUAUUAUUAUUAUUAUUAUUUUUAUUUUUUUUUAGUGGAAAAAGUAGAAUCUGACUCAAAAAAGAACCAGGUUUGUCCCAUGUGUCUUAUUCCUCAAGUCCCCUUCAUUUUCUUCUUAGAUAAAAAGUCCUUAGGUUAUUUAUUUUCAAAUUGUGAAUCAUGGUGCUAGAGGAUAAAGUGGUAUCCCAGGCUUUAUGUUCUAAUCCUGAAUGUCACUGACUUGCUGUGACCCUGUCCAGGUAACUUCCUGUCUCUGCCUCAGGGAGGGAACAGGAAACCAUGAAGAGGCCUUGAAACUAUUGAGAAAAUAACCCCUUCCUCCUUCAUGAAAGGGGCCAGUAACAGUCAUGAGAGAUCCAUUUGGAACAAAGCCAUUGGGGGCUAGGGACCCCGCAACCAAGUUGGUACAUGCAGUAAGCUGAACAUUAAGGCUUAGAAUAUGUCUGAGCUACUGGAUGCUUGGAGACAUUACUUUGUUAAAAUAAAGCUAUAAAAGAAAAA